CUCGUCUAUUCCGUCAUGCAAAGUGUGGACAAUCGACAAGAGUAUCUAUACCUCGGACAUUUAUUGAAGCCUCGACCAAAGGGCGCUCAGGGAGAGGUCCCGCGACCCCGGGAGCGGCGCCAGGACCAUGCGCAUCCAUCGGCGCGCGCCACUCCACCUCGGACCGACGCCGCGAGAGAUCAAGACAUGUGCUCUCCCCGGCAGCUCCACGCUCCGACGCGCCUGGCGGCCCGGAUCAAGGCAUCGAACCCGAUCGUGAGGGAGGCUCUGGCUGAGUUCCUCGGCACGUUCGUGCUCAUCGUGUUCGGAUGUGGCUCCGUGGCUCAGGUGGAACUGAGCCACCACUCCGCCGGAGAGACUCUCACCAUCAACCUCGCCUUCGCAUUUGGGGUGGUCAUGGGCGCUUACCUGUCCUGGGGCAUCUCAGGUGCACACCUGAACCCCGCCGUCUCGUUCUCCAUGUCGCUGAUCGGACGCUUUCACUGGUGGAAGCUGCCCAUUUUCUGCCUCGCGCAGUUCCUGGGCGCGUUCACAGCGGCCGCCACCGUCUACGGCCUCUACCACGAGGCCCUCAUGGCGUUCAACGGUGGGAACCUGACUGUGACUGGCCCCGGUGCCACGGCCGCGAUAUUCGCCACCUAUCCCUCGGAACACCUGUCCAUCGCCGGUGGCUUCCUUGACCAGGUGCUGGGCACGGCGCUCCUCCUGCUCUGCGUGAUGGCGCUGCUGGACCCCAAGAACAACGCAGUGCCGCGCGGCCUCGAGCCACUGCUCGUGGGGCUCGUGGUGCUCGUCAUCGGCCUCUCCAUGGGCUUCAACGCCGGCUAUGCCAUCAACCCCGCGCGCGACCUCGGCCCCCGCGUCUUCACCGCCAUGGUCGGAUACGGCAGCGAAGUGUUCACGACGGGCCCCCACUGGUGGUGGGUUCCCGUGGUGGCCCCCCUCGUGGGGGGCCCGCUGGGCACAAUGUGCUACAUGUUCUUCGUGGACCUGCACCACCCAGCCCCGCCGGAGCUGUCCACCGGCAAAGCCAAGCCGCUGGUGGACAGCGACAGCGACCACCCCAAGGCCAACUACGCCGUGGCGGUGAAGAUGGAGCAGCAGGCAUAGCCGGGCAUGCGGGUGGACCCUCUGCCCACCCAAUCUACCUGGAGGCGAUCAGGUGUACCCGGAGGUCACCAUGUGUACCUGGAGCUCACCAGGUGUACCUGGAGGUCACCAGGUGUACCUGGAGGUCACCAGGUGUACCUGGAGGUCAACAGGUGUACCUGGAGGUCAUCAGGUGUGCCCAGAGGUCACCAGGUCUACCCAGAGGUCACCAGAUCUACCUGGAGGUCACCAGGUGUACCUGGAGGUCACCAGGUGUACCUGGAGGUCACCAGCAUACAAGUAGCAUAAAACUCCGUAGAUGUUUGUUUUUACUAUCACAUAUUCAGCUUUAAAUGACAACGUGUAAAUAUUCCACUCCGGGUGUUUUCAACAGCCGCCCACUGGUGUCCCCGUGGAGAUUCGCAGGGCCCCAUGAGUGGACGUGGUCACCGCACCCAAGCACAAGCGCUGCCAUUUUAUAAUCACGAAUUUGUCCUGAUUCAGGGCUCUAUUUAAAUGCACAUUGUAGGCGAAACGCAAAAAACAUACAACCCCCGUACGACGAGAAUGUAUUGUUUGUAUUAUCGCAAUUUCCAGAGUGUAUAUUUUCUUAAGACGCGAAUUAAACUGGAUAAAAUAGACUUUUGUUAAAUAAAUGAUUGUAUACAUAA